GUCUAUUAAGUACUAUAAAUUACUUUGAACAAGACAGCAAUCUCAAAUUUUUAAGGAACUAAAUUAACAAAACCAUGAAGUCACCUCUUCUUUUAGUGUUUUUCUUGGCUUUUGCUGCUGCAUCCGGUCCAUCCCUGCAGAAACUCGUCAAAAUUGCAUGUAGCGACCUCAUAGACUAUUACCGAGAAGAUUAUGUCUUAAGGAACUACAAUUUGGAAUUUGUUGAUUAUCAUAAGGAGGAUGACUCUUAUACGUUGGACAUGAUUGUUGGGUACACAGUGUGUAGAGUUGACGAAGCAAUUCCUACGGACUACGAUAACUGUAAAUUCCAAGAUGGAAAACAUACUUUUAGAAAGUGCACUGUAAAACUUGUCCCUGGAGGUAAUCAUGGGUACCAACUGAAAACAGCAAAUUGUACUCCUUUGUAAGCGAGGAUAUUUUUAGAAAAUGCACUGUAAAACUUGUCCCUGGAGGUCCCGAAGGAAACCAACUAAAAACAGCAAAGUGUUAUCCUGUGCAAGCACAUUGAGGUAUUUCAUCAUGAGAUUAACUUUGUUUCAAGAAUUUGAUUUAAGAACAAACCGUUUUACUGUUUAUGUAAAUUGCUUGUGGAAAUAAAGACUUA